AGGAGGGUGGCCUGUUACUGCCAGUAUUUAAGAAUCUUGACAAUGAAGUCCUGCUGUAAAAUGGCACCAGAGUGACAUUUUGGAUCCUCCCAGCUUUCCCCUAGAGAGGAAAGAGCCACCAUGCAGCCAGCUCAGGGUCCAGUUACCUUUGAGGAAGUGACCUUGAAUUUCACCAAGGAGGAAUGGGUCCUGCUGGAUCCAGGCCAGAGAGCUCUUUACAAGGAGGUCAUGGUGGAGAUUCAUGAGAUGAUAAUCUCUCUGGGGCAUCUGAGUUUGAACCCUAACCUCGGUUCCUGGCUGGAAGGAGAUGUAGCAGAAGACCUCUUUGUCCAUGGCUUUGUAGCAGAGGAGAGAUCAGCAGCAGAUGCCUGGGUCAUCAUGACUGAGGAGGAACCAUCAGAAAUGUCACUGGAAACAGAUGAGGGGCAGGAGGAACAGAAAUUGGGGAGUCAUGGUGGAGCAAAAAGACAAGAGGGGAGACAAAUGCAGAAACUGCAGGAUGAAUCCAGUGCUUCUCAAGGUGGUGAAAGUAAAAUUCAAGGGAGUACUCAUCUCCGAAAGGAAACACGAAUGUCUCCUGUGUGCAGUAAAGGCUUAAGCCACCAAAAAGCUCUGAAUGCACCUUGGAGGAGGCAUAUGAGACAGAAACCAUACAAAUGCUUGGAGUGUGAAAAAAGCUUCAGUGACAGUAGCUCCCUUACUUUGCAUCAAAUAACUCAUGCGAGGGAGAAACCAUAUAAAUGCUUGGAGUGUGGAAACAAAUUUCGUCAUAGGUCAGGCUUUGCUUCACAUAAAAGAUUGCACACAGGAGAGAAACCUUAUAAAUGCUUAGAAUGUGGAAAGAGCUUCAGUAGUAGCAGCAGCAUUACUUCCCAUGAAAGAACCCAUACAGGGGAGAAACCAUAUAAAUGCUUGGAGUGUGGAAAGAGCUUCAGACAGCAUUGCCACCUUACUGUGCAUCAAAGAACUCAUACAGGGGACAAACCUUACAAAUGCUUGGAGUGUGGAAAGAGCUUCAGUAUGAGUGGAACCCUUGCUUCACAUCAGAGAACUCCUACAGGGGACAAACCUUAUAAAUGCUUGGAGUGUGGAAACCAAUUUUGUCAUAGAUCAGGCCUUACUUCACAUAAAAGAGUGCACACAGCGGAGAAACCUUAUAAAUGCUUGGAGUGUGGAAACAGCUUCAGUCAGCAUUGCCACCUUACUUCACAUCAAAGAACUCAUACAGGAGACAAACCUUAUAAAUGCCUAGAGUGUGGAAAGAGCUUCAGUGAGAGUGGCAGCCUUACUAAACAUCAAAGAACUCAUACAGGGGACAAACCUUAUAAACGCCUAGAGUGUGAAAAGAACUUCAGUCAGAGUAGCUCUCUUACUAGACAUCAAAGAACUCAUACAGGGGACAAAUCGUAUUAAUGCUUGGAUUGUGGAAAGAGUUUCAGUAACAGGAGUUCCCUUGCUUCACAUAAUAUGGGGAGAAACCAUAUAAAUGCUUCAAGUGUAGAAAGACCUUCAGUUGGAGUAGCAACAUUACUUCACAGAAACAAACUCAUUUAGGGCACAAACUUUAUAAAUGCUUGGAGUGUGGAAAAAGCUUCAGGUGGAAUAGCCUAGCAGGGGGAUCUAUUGAGAUCUGUGCUAGAGUGGAGAGAGAAACCAUAAAAAAUGACAGUCCGGACUGGUGGAGUCCCUGGUGGUGCCUAGUGAAAGGCAGUAGCCACAAGCAGGUAGGAACCUGACAGGGAGAGCCAGGGAAGGGCGUCACAUUCCUCCUAAGAGUUGCUAAGCUGUACCUGAGCACAAGAGCACUCCUGUGGUUAUUCAGAACAGCCACUGUUAUUCAGGUUUCCAGGCCUGGCCUCCACGAGGUCUUCUGUAUCUUUAAAAGUUGUGCAGGGGGAAGGGAGAAUUCCACCUUGUGGUUUUUCCCACUAACGUGUUGCAAGAACACCUGCAGAUGGCUGACUUUCUCUUCUCCUAAAGAUACAGGAUCAGUCUCAGGCCCUGAACCUGGCAACCCUAUUAUAUAUAUACUUUUGCAGAUUGCCCUUGACAAAGGCUUGUGCCAACACCCAAAAUGCUUUGGGCUGCAAUAAACAUUUUUUUCACUCUCUUCUGUUUGCUGAUUUGGCACCUUGAGGAUCUCCCUCUCUUUGGCUGGAGCAUUUUUGGGUGCUUCCCUCUUUGCUCUUUUGCUAGUCAUCUCAAUGGGUCUACUCUGGGGAGGACUAGCACUGGAUAGAAGCCAUAAGCCAACAAUCCGCCAUGAAGAAAAAAUCUCUCCACAUAGAAAACAAAGACAUGUAAGGAUUUAUUCAUCUUGGUGGGGAGGAGUGUUGCAUCAUAGGAGACCCAGGGUGAAAAGUCAGUACCCACACACAACCUAGGCAUGCCCUGAAGAUUUCUUUGGAGUCAAACAAAACAGCUUGAAUAAAAAUAAAAUUUGCCCUGGCAGGUACAGGAAGUGGGAAAGGAAAGGAAGCAGUAGCCUUUAUAGGAGUGACUCCAAAUCUUUUCCUCAGCUGGAACGACACAUGCAGUUUUAAAAUGUUUGAAUGCUGCUUUGUGAAAAUCUGGAACAUCAAAGUGUGUAUUUUUUUAAAAAAUCCUUUAAAGUGCAUGCACACGUCAAUGAAUACCUGUGUGCAUGCCCACAAUGGACUUCAGAUUUCCUGAUUAGAACAAGACACAUAUGGUGGAUUAAAAAAAAAAUUCACAACUCCUUUGUGUGAACAUGUAAGAAACUGUGUGCGCACCUAUGCAUUAACACCCUAGUAUGGACACAGCCUGGAAGAUUAAUGCACCUUCUAAAGCGUUAUGCCUUCUUUCUUGAUGAGAUCAUGAUGUUUAUUACACGUUUUCCGACAGCAUGCAGGCAUAAGAGGCUCCAUGACAAAGAAACAAAGAUCAAAAUGUUCCCCCCAACCACAAACAAUUAAAAGAGCUCUGCAGAGCUAUGAAAUAUCCAGAACAUGUUUUGUACAAAAAUGCUUCUUCCUGUCAAGUAAAGCUGUACACAUCCCUCAUCUGUAGGGCCACAGACUGCAGAAUUAGGUACAACAUAAGAACAUAAGAAGAGCCUGCUGGAUCAGGCCAGUGGCCCAUCUAGUCCAGCAUCCUGUUCUCACAGUGGCCAACCAGGUGCCUGGGGGAAGCCCGCAAGCAGGACCCGAGUGCCAGAACACUCUCCCCUCCUGAGGCUUCCGGCAACUGGUUUUCAGAAG